AUGUUCUUCUACUUUGUAUGUGCCCUUUUCCUCCUCAACGCCUUUACAUCUGAGGCACAAGUCAGCGCGCCAUGUGUGGAUCAAGGAGGAGAAUCGUUCUGCCUCGGACCAUACCACGCUGGCCAAUGCAGCAGUCCAGACUUCCAGCCUAUUGCGCAAAUGUACUGCGCCAAAACAUGUGGUAUUUGUCACUGA